UCUCAUCGCCCAAUCAGAGGGCGCGCUGCGAUUGUAGCCAAAGCCACGCAGCGCAUGCUCACGGUGGGGCUCUGAGCGGAAAGGCACGGGUUUUGGAGGAGCGUGAACGGUUGCAGCAAUGGCUCAGGCUGAUUUUGAAAAGGCAGCAGAAGAGGUCAAACAACUCAAAAGUAAACCAACUGAUGAAGACAUGUUACUUAUCUACGGCCUAUACAAACAGGCAACUGUUGGAGAUGUGAAUACAGACCGUCCAGGCAUGUUAGACCUGAAAGGAAAAGCCAAGUGGGAUGCGUGGAAUGAACGAAAAGGUACAAGCAAAGAAGAGUCAAUGAAGAAGUACAUAGAAAAAGUUCAAGAGUUGAAAGAAAAACAUGGCAUGAAAUAGAAUGUGACUGUUUUAAAAAUGGCACACUUUAUUUACAAUUGUAGGGGGGGGAUAAAAAGCACUGAGCUAAUUUUUUUCUUCGCCUUAUCUAUAGUUGAGAUAAUAUCUAAAUAAAGCUGCCUUAAUGGUGGUUAUGAUUAAUUUUAUACAAUAAUAUUGUUGUUCACAUUUACUAACGGUUAGCUACUAAAUGUAGAUUGAAAACUGGAUUUACAGUAAACCUUGUAAAGAAAAAUAAAAUUACAACAGAUUUUUAACUA